AUUUUCUGUGGGCUUGUCUAUGUGGUUAAAUCUUUAAUCUGUCCCGCAGGAUGAAAGUGGACACACAUAGACUCUCCAAAGGACUUUUUUUCAGGAUUCUGCUCCCCCUUGCUGAGUUGCUCUCUCUCUAUCAUUGUUUCGCUCCGGCAUUAACCACAUUCCAGAGCGCCGCAGCGCAGCCCGUCUCCCUCCGCGCAUUCCUCUCACACAAACGAGUCCCGGAUGAAUCGUUGGAUACACGCAUUACUGUCCGUCUACGCGUUCAGCAUCUCUCAUGUUGAUGCUAAAUCAUAUGCGGAGAAUUUUGAGACAGCUGAAAUAGCUGGAAAGGAGUUCGCAUGAACAUUUACGGAAAAUCAAAACGAGAAAAAUUCCUCCGCGAAGCGCGCCAUUGACUGUAAAGACCUUUCAACUUUACAAAAAAAAAAAACCUGAAAUUGACAAACGUUCUCUUGAGUGGAAACUUUGUCACGACGACCGUAUCGCCACAAAACGACAUGCGGGGAGCGUGCAUCGUGACGGAAUGACGGCGAAGGACUAAGUAAUCGCGAACAGGCAACGAUGGCUCGCCCGAGGCGGCGUUUUUCCGCGUAAAAUGCUGUUUGUGUUGUAGUUGACUAACGUUAGUGCUCCGCGCGCUCCCCCGACAUGGAUGGAUAUGACGAGGAUCCGGCGAGCAAACUGAUGGAAAACCUCUCCAUAUUUGACGUUUAUCAAGACGGGAUGUACGGGGAACCGAACCCCGAUACAGCGAAAACUAAACGAAUGAAUGGCAGCUCCUCCGGGAACAAAGUCUACUGCGCGGCACCCGUGCGUUCCGUCAACGGGAACCGAGCCUCAGUGCCUCUGGAUUUCUGUUCUCCGCAAAGGGACGCGGUUUAUCCCGAUCCCGACGCGUACUGCACCAAAUCUGAAGUCGCCUUGCCGUGUUACAGCGGCGCGUCGGAGCGUCUCCGGAGAUACACGCACGCGGAGGUGCAGGCGCACCGGUACAGCGCUGGAUGCGCCUACGACGCGCUCGUUCUCGGGAAGCAGGUGAGGAGCAACAGCUUAUGCAUGGCCUCGAGCCCACGCUCCAGUCUGGCUUCGUCUCACUCGUCGCAAGACCAGAGCAAACACACCAGCCCGAGGUCGAGCAUCAGCAGCCCGCGGUCCAGCCUGGUGUCACCGGGACAAGAGAAGUACUGCGAGGGGAACGGCGUGAUCAGCCCUCGGUCGAGUUACGCCAGCACGGCCAGCGACACCAGCAAACACUCCAGCCCCAGAACCAGCCUCAACAGCUACGACUGCGGGAGCAAACCGAGCAGCAACCGAACCAGCGGCAUCAGCAUGGGCUACGACCAGCGGCACAUCAGCCCCAGAUCGAGCACCACGAGCCCGCGCUCCAGCUACUCGCCCGCGGGGAACCACGAGCCGGAGAGCGGCGCGGUGCACGGCGUCCCUGUGACCAGCCCCCGGUCCAGCAUCUGCUGUCAGGAAGCACGACCCGCGAACUGCGUGGUCAGUCCCCGCUCGAGCAUCUCCAGCCACAGCUCCAGGAGUUCGCGGAGCUCUAUGAGCGCGUAUCCCGAGCUCCAGCACUCCAUGCUGGGACCCGGUCUGCCGGAGGACGCGCUGCUGCUGCAGGACUUCACGGAGCCAAACGGCCUCCACAACAACCGCGUCCACCUCCAAGCGUUUCCCGAGCCUCAGCAGCAGAAUUCAGACGUCAACAUCGCGUUCAGCUACGGGAAGAUGUGCACCGGGGGACAGCGCUUAAAGCUGCCUUACCAGGUCACUCCAUCCCGGGACAGCGGCCCAAGUCCGGCGGAGCGGCGCCUGGAGGCCCUCACCCUGGAGCUGGAGAAGGAGCUCGAGAUGCACAUGAAAAAGGAAUAUUUUGGUAUCUGUGUGAAGUGUGGUAAAGGUGUGUAUGGAGCGAGUCAAGCGUGUCAGGCGAUGGGGAACCUGUAUCAUACAAACUGCUUCACCUGCUGCUCCUGCGGACGGAGGCUACGAGGAAAGGCUUUCUAUAAUGUCAAUGGAAAGGUUUACUGUGAGGAAGACUUCCUGUACUCCGGGUUCCAGCAGACGGCAGAAAAAUGCUUCGUGUGCGGUCACCUCAUCAUGGAGAUGAUCCUGCAGGCGCUGGGUAAGUCGUAUCAUCCGGGCUGUUUCCGCUGUGUGGUUUGUAAAGAGGGUCUGGACGGCGUUCCUUUCACCGUGGAUGUGGAGAACAACAUCUACUGUGUGAAAGACUACCACACGGUUUUUGCUCCUAAAUGUGCCUCGUGUAACCAGCCCAUCCUCCCAGUGCAGGGUUCAGAGGAGACCAUACGGGUGGUGUCCAUGGAUAAAGAUUACCAUGUGGAAUGCUAUCACUGUGAGGAUUGCGGUCUGCAGCUGAAUGAUGAAGAGGGGCAUCGCUGUUACCCGCUGGAUGGGCACCUGCUGUGCCACCGAUGCCACCUGCACCGCUUAAAAACCCCUGUACCAACUCACCCGCCCCCGAGUUACCCGCUCCACGUCACUGAACUGUGAACACAGGGCGAUCGGAGGGCGACCCGUGCCUGUUAUUCCUCCGGAGCGCCCUCUACAGCACUGAACACACAGACUGAGACACGACGUCCUGUGCCUUCAUCACUAAUCGACACGCACCCUUUCUGUGUCCUGCCAUCUGCCCGGCGUCUUUAAAGGGACAGUUCACCUAAAAUUAAAACUACAGUCAUCAUUUACUCACGGUCCACGGUUCCAAAAUGUUAUUUCAAGGCAAUACACGACAGGAAAAAACAUUGUAUUUCGGCCUGUUUUGCUUCCAUAACAAGUCAAAUUUCAUUUUUCUGUUCACCAGUGGAAAGAAAAUAUCUAAAAUACACAUUUAAGUGUUUAUUUUAUUUCACUUUAUCUAGUUUUGGAUUACAAUACAUAACAAUACAUUUUUUUUCUUAUUAAUACACCUCAACGUAUUCUGAUUUUACUGAGGGUUUUUUUUCCAUAUAUGAUUCACCUGAUAUAUAUUUUAUAUAUAUUUUAAUCCAAAAACAUAAUUUUCAAAGAUUUU